GCCCAACUGAAGGCAUUCUGAUUUUCUAAAAUUUGUACAUUUUUUCUCGGAAAUUGGUGUUGCAUUUUGUUCAAGUUUGGGUUGUUCAUCUUUUCGGUUUUAUUGUGUAUAUUAUUAUAUUGGGUUGUGUUGUGGUUGUUCGGUUUAUUAACAAAAUAGUCUGCAAUGACAGUCAUUGGAGCCGGAUAUUAUUUUAUUAAUGAUUUUUAAGUAUGGUUCAGAACUAUUGAUAUAGUUGAGACGAGUUCAUUGUAGAAGAAUACAAGAAGCAAAGCUACUUAAAUCAUCUGACAAUUAAGCAAAUUGAAUUGGGAUAAAUUGGGCCGGUUCAAAUCUCUGGCUUGGACCCAGCACGCAUGUUUUUGAGUUUUGAACAAUGUAACUUCGAGCAAUUGAUGUGUGAAUGAAACUUUAUCCUAACGUUUAGUCCUAUAUUUUUUCAGGUGUAUACUAAAGAGACUUAAGUUUCAGAUUAUUCUGAGAGUAUAUUUCAAAAGAAUUAUUCGGCAAUCUGGACAGCGAUUCCAGGAAGGCUGCUGUCGUGCACGGGCCAAGCAUGGCCGGUACCCUGAUAGUCGCCGGGCUGGGCAUGGCGGCUGUGGGCUUCGGCGCUCGAUUCAUGCUCAGGACGAUACCUAACCUCGGCCAGAAGAUGGCCAACGCUGCCACUAGCAUGCCCAGGCUGGAUGGCGAGAUGUUCGCCAGCAGCAAAUACUACAAGGGAGGCUUUGAGCCUAAAAUGACUAAACGAGAAGCAUCUCUCAUCCUGGGAGUGAGCCCUACUGCGCCUCCGGCUAAAGUCAAGGUUGCUUACAAACGCCUGAUGUUGACCAACCACCCUGACCGAGGAGGCUCUCCGUACCUCAGCAGCAAGAUCAGUGAAGCCAAGGACAUGCUUGACAAAUGAUGCAAAAAGCUUAUGAAGAAGCUCUUGUUGCAUCGCCGGGACGUUACGAAACAGGCGUGUCUGAUCACUGGCCUCAGCCACUGGGCUCGACUCUCGCAAGGCUUAAGGUCGUUAAUAGAAAAACUUUAUUGGGUAAGCUUGUUAUGUAAAUAACCUUUGAAAGAUGUUGUGCACCAAUCUGGCAUUUUUGAAUAGAAAAAAAACGGGCUUUUGACAAGUUGUGUGGCCAAUACUGAGCGGAUUGCACGGUUGCUUUGACCUAUCCAUAACGUAGUGCACAGAAUAAUGAACACGCGACAUCUGUGAAAUGUGAUGUAUAAGCACUUAGCACGGAUAUAGAAUACUCGUGGAACCCCAAUAAAUCUAUAUUUGAUGA